CUCCGAGGCAGUGUCGGAAGCCUCGGCCCGCGGAGACGCAGGCACCCGCAGAGAACGCUUCGGAUCCGUCACGGUUUUGCCUCAUUUGGAAGAUAUUACUUCGCCCCUGAAAAAAAAUAAAUACAAAAAAGGCGCGUGCCGUGAUGCAGCACUACGGGGUGAACGGCUACUCGCUGCACGCCAUGAACUCGCUCAGUGCCAUGUACAACCUGCACCAGCAGGCGGCCCAGCAGGCGCAGCAUGCCCCGGACUACCGGCCCUCAGUGCACGCGCUCACACUGGCCGAGCGCCUGGCUGACAUCAUCUUGGAGGCCCGCUAUGGCUCCCAGCACCGCAAACAGCGCCGCAGCCGCACCGCGUUCACAGCCCAGCAGCUCGAGGCUCUGGAGAAGACCUUCCAGAAGACUCACUACCCAGACGUGGUGAUGCGCGAGAGGCUGGCCAUGUGCACUAACCUGCCGGAGGCCCGUGUGCAGGUAUGGUUCAAGAACCGCAGGGCCAAGUUCCGGAAGAAGCAGCGCAGCCUGCAGAAGGAGCAGCUGCAGAAGCAGAAGGAGGCUGAGGGCGCCCCUACCGGAGGCAAGAGCGAGGUCCCCACCCCUGACACCCAGCUGGAGACAGACCAGCCCCCCAGCCUGCCCAGCGGCGAGCCCCCUGCUGAGCUUCACCUGAGCCUGUCCGAGCAGUCGGCCAGUGAGUCAGCCCCCGAAGACCAGCCGGACCGGGAGGAGGACCUCCGGGCAGGGGCCGAGGACCCCCAAACUCAGCAGAGUCCUGGGGCUGAGAGCAAGGGACUGGGCUGCAAGAGGGGCAGCCCCAAGGCAGAUUCCCCGGGCAGCCUGGCCCUGGCUCCUGCAGCCCCCGGGGGCGGCCUCCUGGGCCCCUCACACUCCUACUCCUCCUCCCCGCUGAGCCUCUUCCGGCUGCAGGAGCAGUUCCGCCAGCACAUGGCAGCCACCAACAACCUGGUACACUACUCGUCCUUCGAAGUAGGGGGCCCGGCCCCCACUGCUGCCGCCGUGCCCUACCUGGGCGUCAACAUGGCCCCUCUGGGCUCCCUGCACUGCCAGUCCUACUACCAGUCCCUGUCCGCGGCCGCUGCUGCCCACCAGGGCGUGUGGGGGUCCCCACUGCUGCCGGCACCCCCGGCCGGCCUGGCACCUGCCUCGGCGGCCCUGAACAGUAAAACGACGAGCAUCGAGAACCUGCGGCUUCGUGCCAAGCAGCAUGCGGCUUCGCUGGGACUCGACACACUGCCCAACUGACCGCUGACCGCCUGCUCAGCUGUGGGGGGACCCGGAUGCCCCCUUCCUGCCCCACGGACCCCCUCGAUGGCUCGCGAGGGAUCCCGGGGCCCCUCCCCGAGAGUCCCCACCCCAUGGAGCCCCCUCCCUCCACACCCUCUGCAUGGCCCUGCUCGAUCUUGGGGAGGCCCCCUGGGGGGCAGGGGCGAGGCUGGGGGCAGUGAGAGCCGCUCCUGGCUAGAUCCCCACCUCAGUGCCACCUCCUCCCCCCUCCCUCCCUCUGCCCCCUAGUCAGUUGGUGUGUGGAACGUGAGAUAUAAAUAUAAAUAUAUAAAGCUCUAUUUUCAGGCCUUGCCUGCCCUGCCCCCCAGCCCCCUGGCCUCACCUGCAGCAGCUCCCCCUCUCUGCUUCCCCUUCUCCUGCCCUCUCGCUCCCGAAGCCCGCCCUGCUGUGUCCCCAGACGAGGUUCCCACGACAGUUGUGCUUUUUUUAGUUUUAGUGAUUCUGCAGCUUCUUCCUCUUCACCCUGCUUUGCCUCCCUCUGCCCCUGUGCCGCCCCGCCCACCAGCACCCCUGUAGGUGUCUGUUCUUUUCCAGCCCCAGCACAGGGACCCAGGCUUCCUGCUAGACACCCCUGGGGCCCUAGAUUUGUCUGCGGGGAAGGUGGCUCUGGGCUGACCCCGUCCCUGGGCCUACCGGGGGCCCUCAGCUGUGUUUUCUCUCUCCUCAGCCUGGAGCCCCCCCCCUCCCCGUUCCCAAGGUUGAGGAAGGGGUGGAGGCAGGAGUGAGGCUGGGGUGGGUGUGGAAUGGGAGCAGCCCCCGCCCUAAGACCUCGGGGACCAGGCCUGUGGCUGUCCCCACCAACCUGUGAUGCAUCCCUGGCUGGACGGAGGCAGGGGAAGGGGUGCUCCCCUAGAUGGGGGGUGUCCAGGAGCCUGGGCAGGAGGCCACCUGUGCGGGUUGUCAGAGUCAGGAGGGGCAGGCCGGCUGCCAGCUCAGCGGGCACCCGGGCCUGGGUGCAUCAGGAGCCCGGCUGAAGCCGGGGCUCUGUCCAGAUGGUUGAAGGCACGGAGAAGUGUGGGCCCAUUGCGGCCUGGACCCCUCUGCAAACUCCCUUUCCAAGCACCGUGAGCCUGAGCCGGGCAUUCGCCUCCCAGGGCUGUGUCCCUCUGUCCGGCUCUGGCGUCCUGUUCAUCCGGGUACCCGGCCUUGCAGGACAGGAGCUGACUGACUGGCAGGGCCGCAGUGGGUGCCGCGUGCACAGGCCUCUCUGGGCCCCUUCUCGCUGCGACAAUCUGGAUUGGGUCUUGAUUUCCUUGAGUUCCAGCGCCGGCCUCUGUGGGCACCCCCUCUCCGCGCCUUCCCGUGGUUUCAGGGGCUCCGGGUGGGGGUGGCUUGCAGAGAAUCCAGCUUCCGACGCCAUCGCCUUGUGGCUUACCCUGGAAUGCUCCAGCCCUGCUUGGAGAAGUGGCUUCUUCCUCAGGCGUGUCCCUCCCGGGGGCAGAUGAGGGUCCCGUGGUGGAACUGGUUUGCAGAGCAGAGAAGCCAUCACCCUUUGAUAGCCCACGUGGGCUGGGCAGAUGGAGGGCCGAGACGGAUUUUGGUCCCAGACAUCUGGGUGAGCCUGCAGAGGAGGGCAGCGAAGGGGGCAGAGGCCUCAGGAGAACAGGGCUGAGUACCUCAGAGGGUGGGGAGGGGUCGCUGACCCAGCAGGCAGGGCGCUUUCCCAACACAUCUCCUGAGUUCAGUGUCCCAGGAGCCGAGAAGGAGGACCAACCUAGUGGGGCAGGAGCGAGGGAAGACUAGAAGGCAGGAGGUGUCUGUCAGAGGCAGGCCUGGCUGUUUCUCAGAUGAAAAGAAGCUGCACUUGGAGGGGGCGGCUGCUUGCUGCUUUUCCCGGGUACAAGCGUGGUCUUGGAAUCCAAGCACUCUAGACAUUACCACCUCCUCCAGGAAGGUGAACCUUCUCUAACUUCAUGCAGGGCAAAUUUACCCCAGAUCAGAGCAGAGCCAGGUCAGCUCAGGCUCAGCCAAGCCCGAGCUCUGGGCCAGUGCUUCUCCUCUAUGGACCGCCACCCCUCACCCCCAACCAACCUCCCUGGGGAAUCCCCAGCUCCUCAAGGCUCCAACCACAGGUUCUGAAAGCAGGUAGGGAUGGAGAUGGAGUACCAGGAUCCUCCCCGAGAGCCAGGGGCCUGGGCAUGGGGAGACCCCUGCCCUGAGCCCCUGGGCCUCUCACAGGCUUGCUUCGUUCCCCACCCCCACCCCCCCACCCCGGAG